GAAGAAAGCCAUUUUGUACUUUUUAUAUUUUCAACUGUGUUCCAGUGCAGAUAAUAAACCAUGUGGGGAUUUUCUUCAUUUGGUUCUCAAACAACAAACAAUUCCUUGUUCGGACACAGGAAAAAUUGGAAAAAUAAAACAGUGUUCACGGAUGAAUGGGAAAAAAUGAUCGAAAAGGGUUCCUCUCCGAAAGAAAUCUGGGAGUCUCGAUAUGAGGAAGUGAACAAAAUAAACCAAGACUUUACUAGGAAGUUUGACGUUAAAACCGAGCGCGGGAAGGAGUCCUUUUCUCCCGACAUGAACGCCGCAGUGGAGCAGACGACACUGAUUUUCGGUAAAGGGUACGUGCAAGAAAUGCAGAACCGCUGGGAAAAAUUCCAGGAAAUGGGUAAACCCGCCACAGAGUUCUGGUCAGACGAGAAGGCAUCUUUUGAGAGGAACCGCCGAUUUUGGCGCUGGGGUCAUCACACCCAUCACAAAGACAGGUGCUGCUGGAAAAAGAAAGAGAAGGAGGAGUCGGCCAUGUUUAAAGAGUUUGACUUCUAGAGACGGUGGUGAGAGAUUUUCAGUAUAAACCUGAUUCAAGGAGGGCUUAAAAAUCUAAGUCAGGUGCUAACUUAUUAAGAUUAUAAAUAUAUACAAUAUUUAUUUUUUCACAAAUCAAGAUAUAUUUGCUAUUGUGUGUGUGUGUAAAAGUAUGUAUGACAAAACAUUUUAUAUA